GCCCUUCACUCUUUCCAAAGAACUUAUGAGUCAUGCGUGCUUCUUGUUACUUCUUCUCUGAACCGGAGGUGAACCUCUUCCACCCGUAAAGGUGUUGCGUGACUCCAUGAAGUGACUGACCUCUGAGGGAGUGACAGCGAACCUCGGGAUGAGUUCUGCAGUUGAGCUUUACGUUUCAACUGUAGCUCCCAACAUCUGCUCAACAUCUGCCCCGUACACACCACACUGUGUGUGUGGUUAUAAUAAAUAAUAAAGAUUAACUGAUAAUGUAGGUCAUAGAAAGUGAGUGGCCCGGAAUGAGGAAUUAACAAGUGUUCCAAUUGCGUAAGUAAAUCGCCCCCCUGACAUCCAUACUGGAGUAUUUAUGAAUUACGGCAGGAUUAGAAAAAAAGAAGCGUGCGUCUUGCUCGUGGGUUUGUUUUCGGGAAGGUCCCACCCCGGCGGGGGGCGGAGCCGAGGUGAGCGCGCGUGUGUGUGUUUUUUUUUCCAGCAAAACGCGCUGCACGUUGUGCAGAAGAAGGAUGCGCGUCUCCGUCGCUCGCCUCGCGCUCUCGAGGGGACCCGCGGGACCCGCGCGGCGAUCCGGAUCCUAGCGACGGGACCGGCUCCCGGCGCGAUGCGCCGCGGCCGCUUCGCCGCCGCGCUGGCGCUGGCGGCCCUCGUGACGUCACCGCUGCUGCUGGAAUGCGUCCCGGAAUGUCACAGGAGAGGCAGAGGGAUCCAAAAAGACCACGUCCAGGGGGACUGUCCCGUGGAGCUGAGCUCGGUCCGGCCCCCGGCCUCAGGGGACAUCUACUCUGAAUGCGUCACCGUCCGCGUCUGGAUGAGGGCCGAGGACUUCUGUGGGGAACCGAGGAUUGAAAUCCGCACCACUUCAGAACAGAGGCUCAUCCGGCCGGUCCUGAAAAAACAAAAGACGUUUUGCAGCAGCACUAAAAGGGCUGCAGGAGAAGGUGUAGCGCCGACCCCCGUCGUGUGUCCCGCGGGUCGCUGCAGAGCCUGUGCUUCUGUGUGGGAGCUGGUAUACAAGUGCCUCCACGCUGAGGCCGGGGCCGUCUCUGUGGCCUACAACACGACGUCCCUGAGCUGCGGUGUCAGUUACACGGUGCCAGAUCCCAUACCAGACUUUGAUCUGUCUGUCAACCACUCGUCUAAAUCCAUCUCUGUCGCCGUGGAGCCCGGAGACAAAGUCAGAGCCAGAUGGUGUUACCGUAAACACGGAAAGACCUGCAUGGCGGGGGACUCCGCCCCGAUCGAGAUUGAUCCAUCUGUGUCUCCGUUCGCUCUUCUCAGCGUCGGAUACCUGCUGCCCUGUCUGUGUGUGCAGGUGUACUACGCCCGCACAGAUGCCAGGCGCCACUCAAAGUGCCCGUUUCAAAACCAGAGCCCGCCAAAUGUCCGAGAUGUUCUGGGCUCCUCCAACGUCACCCUGUACAAGUCGCGUUUGAGGUGGAGCUCGCCGUGCUCGGCCAGAGAGCUGAACGUCUCUGCUUCCCUCUGCUGGAAGCAACGCCGACGCCCGUGCACGCCCGUGCUCAACUCCACCCUGCAGCAGGUGGAGGACGAAGACGACCUGAUGUUCGACACCUCAGCGUUGGACAAACACCCCCAGAUGUGUGUGCAGUUUUUUCUACGAGGCAGCAAUGAAACUUACUGCCCCUUCCCCCGUGGUGAGUCCCCCCCCCCCCCAAUGCCCCUUCAUAGUCCUAAUGCAUCCUGCCUGUCUCGGCCUCCUGGGCUCAGCGUCUCCUUGUCCUUCUCAGACAUGUUCUUCGUGGGAGGUGGAUACGAGCCCGGGCCGCAGACUGUGUUUCUGUAUCUCACCUCCUCCGUUCUUGCAAAGUCUUCAGCUCACCUUGUGUUCUCCACCCAGCGGGGUUGUCGCCGUGUGGGCACGUCCACUCGCGACAGUGAAUCGGGCCGUUCUGUUUCUGCAGACACGCACAACAGGCGCGGCAUGUACGCCGUGGCCGCCGUGGUGUUUGUGGUUGCCGUUUCGUUUCUGGGAGUUUUUAUCCGGCGUCUCACCAAGAGCGGCGCUUCAGGCUGGCUCUGCAUCCAGGAGCCCGUGUUGCUGGUGUGCUCGUCGGAGCAGGCGGCCCACAUCGCUGCUGUGUGCUCCUUGGCGUCCAUGCUGCAGGCGGAGCUCGGGGCCACGGUGCACACGGCCCUGUGGUCCCAAGGCUCGCAGACGCGGGCCGGGCCCGGCGUGGCAGACCUGGGUCCACUCCCCUGGCUGUACGGACAGUGGGAAGCCGUGCGUAGGGCGCGAGGUAAAGUACUGAUCGUUUGGAGCCCCGAAGCCACGGCGACCUACGCCAAGUGGAGCGAGGAGAGGGCGAGCGUGGGUAAGAGGGCGGGACCAGGAGAAGGCCACGGCGGAGCGCGGCUGAAGCGCGAUAGGACAAGAGCGAAGGCGGAAGAGGAUUUUCAACUGAACGGGGGAAGAACGGGGAAACGCAAAAAAGAGAAAGCCGAAGAGUGUGUGAAAUUAUGCGACGAUAGAGACCGGACCCAGAGGCAGCCCUCCGCCGUGAUCGCCCCGGUGUUCGCUGCCGCGCUGGCCUGCCUCGAGGGGGCGCUGCAGGAGGGCAAAGGUCAAGGAGUGGCCCUGGUCUACUUCCAGGGCCUCUGCCACAGACGGGACAUCCCAAAGACCUUCAAAGGCUUCCCGCGAUACUGCUUGCCUCAGGAUUUCCGGGGCUUGAUACAGGAGCUGGUGGGAACGAGGGGACGGGCAGAGAGCGGCGAACCUGGCGGCGCCCGCUGCUGGCCCCGGCUCGUGUCCAAAGUGCUCGCCAUGUGGCUGGCACAGCAGCUGACGCGCAGACUGCAAACGCUGCCGCCGCCCCCGCCGCCGGGGGAGAAGGCGCUUGAGGCGGCGGGGGAGCCGGAUCCUCUCCGCCAGUCGCCAUGGCGAGCAGAGAAACUUUAACCUCAGGUCUCGCGUGUCUAACGACUUUUGUUCCCGCUGGAAACGCGACACGCAGCCGGCGCUCCGGUGUCUCGGGGGCCCUUGUUUUCUCGUCUUUAUGGAAAUCCGCAAAACAUUAUGAAAAUCUGUUUGCAAAUGGCGCCUCGCGCCUCGUGGGUGCGUUUCGUAUUUGAAUGCCGACAGCGGGGGAGACGAGGAGUACCGGACCAGGCAAAUUUGCUUUGGGGUUUUGAUAAAUGGGGCCAUUGAGCCAAAGCUGGAGCAGGAUUUCCAGUGGGAGGAGGCAACAGGUGGAACAAUAAAGCAACUGGCAUUUUUGUGUGUUCGCCGUCCGGUUUGAGUAAACCAUGCGGUCGCGUACCUGUUAAAAAUGUGCACACAAACUACCUCUUAAAACAAAGUAGAAACCCUCCAUUUUAUUACUAGACUGAAAACAUUGCAUGGAAAUCAUUUCAUUGGCAACACAAACUGGUAUUGAAAAUAAUUAAAAUGCUUUUAAUAUAUAA